UAAUACAUACAAAAACAUUGUUGUGGUCAUCAUUAUGACGAGGAAGAAGCUAAACAUAUCUUACAUCACCAAUGAUUCAAUGAGAAAAUCAACCUUCAACAAGAGGAAGAAAGGUUUUUUCAAGAAAAUCCACGAGCUCUCCGUUCUCUGCGGAAUCCAAGCAUGUGCUGUUAUCUACAGUCCGUUCAGCUCAACCCCGGACGUGUGGCCAUCGAACUCGGAAGCGAAGAAAGUAGUGGAGAAGUUCGAGGAGAUUCCAAAGAUCGACCAAGAGAAGAAAAUGGUGAACCAUGAAGGUUUUCUCAGAGACAGCAUCACAAAAACAAGGGAGAAUACCAUCAAGAAGAUGAUGGAUAAUACGGAGAGCGCGAUGAACGAGACCAUGUUCCAAUUUCUUCGUGGGAGAGGGGACAUGUUUCAGCUGACUGACAAACAUCGUGACGACUUGUGUAGGCACAUUGAUCAACAUCUUAAGGAGCUUUAUCACCAUAGGAAACUAAUCCUAAAUCAAUCCCAUCUUGAAUAUGGAGAAUCUUCUUCAGCUGCUAAUGCCAUGAUACAACCAGCAGCUAUAGCUGAAGAGGGUUCCUCCCCUUUCCCAAAUCCUGAUGCUUUCAACACUGCUCGGCCAGUGAAUGAGUUAUGGGCUUUAGAAAAUAAUUAUCCUCCUGCUGCCAGUGACCAACAAGGUUAUUACCAAAUGACGAGUCCGAAGUUUGUAGGAUACCCAAAUGUAGCUCAAGAUGGAAAUUACAAUCUAACUCACAAUCAGAAUCAUCAGCAGGAAGAAUUGUUGGUAAGUCAGAUGAUGAACAAUUCUAACCAAGUGCGUUUCCCUAUGAUGGAUGACAACAACCGCUGCAACUACCACCAGCCCUAAAAACAUCUCCAUUAAAGACAUUUGUUGUGAUGUAUGCUGAUUAAUGCAUGUUUUAUUAUGAUGUCUACUUUCGUCUGCCAGAUUAUAAUUCUCUCUUUCAUGU